UCCAAAUCUCCUCUAUGGAUAUCAGUUUGCAAUGAAAAUCUUAACACUACGUCUCAUAAGGAUUUUAGUAGAAAACGAAGACAAUUCCUACUUGACAGCUACCACUCAAAACUACAAGAAAAACAUUCGAAACUUUUAUCCCAUUGCCGUGAUAAUCUGAUUAUCGACCCUAUUCUUACGAUACCAAUGACAAGAAGUGAACGGUUUCGUUGCGUGCGAUGA